AUGGCUGUCUCCACGACAGGCGCGCUGCCGCCUCCCGACUAUGCUGCAUCCCAGCCGCAGAUCAUGGUAGCGCCUCUGCCGGACGCUGCUAGCUUCUUCUGCGGCCCGUCAGUCCAGGGCGAGGUGUUUGUUAAGGGUCUAGGAGAGCAGGGAGGGCAAAGGGGUGUGAAGCAUUUAUCCGUCAAGCUGUAUCUCGUCAAUCGUCUCCCUGAUCAUCCGGAUAUCGAGCUACACGAGUUCUCAGACCAAGUUAUCUGGCCAUCAUCCCUCGCAUCAUCCACAUCGAGAUCCUCCUCCUCGACCUCCUUUCCUGCCGUCCACCAAUUCUCCAUAUCCCUCCCCUCCCCGUCGUCCGACACACCCAGCUCUAGAGGUCUUCCCGGCACACUCAACCUCUCCGAGGUCCGGAAAGGCGAAAUCAAAUGGUGGCUCCGUGUCACCCUCUCUCUCGCUUCGGGCGACGUGCACGAGGAUAUCCAGGUUGAGGGGACUCCUCAAGUCGAAGAGACGGAGGAAGGGAUGGGAAAUGAAGCCGAGGCUGUACUCGACAAGAUGGGCGUCAUUACCCGACUACUCGUCGAAGACCCGUCACCCAGGCUCGGAUCGCUCCUCCGCCUCGGCGUUGAGCUGCGGCCAAAGGAACGGCAACGACAGGCGGUAGCGGAUCUGGCUACCCAGCCUGACCCCAAAGCGUCACUCCGCGCGCUCAGGCGGGUCCGGGUGGAGCUAUAUCGGCUUGUCCAUAUCCACGUCCCUGGCGCCGGCUCAUCCACCUCCCCAGGCGAAACACGGGAACACCUCACACUCCUGCACGCCUCCGGCAAAUCCCUGCGCUACCCCGGCUCCGCCCAUCCCCCUCUACGCGUCCUCUUCACCCUCCCCACCGCACAGCUCGGAUCGACCGUCGACCAAACAUGGGGCGAAGUCUCUAUGAGCGCCCCGUAUCACACCGUCACCUUCUUUGUCCGCGUCAGCCUCGGUUUCGGCGCGCUGGCCGAGGUGGCGCCAGAGGAGAUGCGGGAUUUUGUCGUGGAGCAGAGCAUAGAUAUACGGCCCAGAGCGUGGAGAGUGCCGAGAGCGGUCAGUGGGCAGGAGGACGCAGACGGGGAGGUGGAGAUGAGCGAGGAGGAAUGGGCGAAAGAGGCGUAUAGGCGUAAAGGGCGAGAUAGGGUCGGUGAGGUGGGGACAUAUCGACCGGCAGACCACGAUGGACCACCAGGCUUCGACGAGGCGGGACCGAGUACAAGUCAGGCUCCGAUGGUGCCAGAUACGGGCGGAUCGAGCAGUGGAGGUGGACUGCCUACCUUCCUCGAGAGUCAGGCGGCAUCGGGCUCACCGGCCAUGGGCGGUGCAGAGGAUCUGAGCGGUCCAGAUUUAGAGGAUAGAACUACAGCGGUCGGACGAAGGGGAAGUCUAGGAGGGGAACUCGGGACAUGGGUCGAGUAUGAUGGAUACGAAACCUUUUCGGUCGCUCCACCUAGCGUAUCUGCCUCGUUCGGCGCGUCUGGGAGCAUGGACCCACCACAUCCGGAUGAUGAGGAUGUCAACCUUGCUGGCGGACUGGCGGCCCGGCUGGGUCUGAGUGCACCCGUCGGAGGGGCGGGCGGGAUGGCCUUGAUGGAGCAGCUAGGGCUAGGCGAGGGGACCCGAGUGAUCGAUCUCCAGGAUGAUCUCCCUCCAGGGAUCGACGAACCCUCCCUCCCCGCUCUUCCCACAUUCACCCAGUCGAUCCACCCCUCCAGUCGGUAUCGCGUCGCGCCUCAUCCCCUCUCGCCAUCCCCACCACCACCCCACUCCAGCCUCGCCCCGCCCGGUACAGCAUCGCAUGACGUAUCGCCCCCGUCAUUCGCAGCGUCCGAAGCGGCCCAAGCGAGCGGGACGGGUGUCGGGGCGGCGGUCAGGCGGGGAUCGCACGGUCAGAGUCUGGAUCUGCUGGGUGCGCAAAGGGCAGCAGGGGAGAUGAGCGGUGGGGCCGUCACGCCGCCACCUCCGAUUGAGGCGGGAGAGGGGAGGGAGGCGCCGCCUGGGUACUUUGGAGGCGCGCCUGCAGGGGCAGGUGGCGGCCCGCCCGCGUACAGCUGA